CGGUGCCCAGCAGUGCCACCCACCAGCUCCACCCACCUGUGCCCAGCAGUGCUGCCCACCUGUGCCCAGCAGUGCCACCCACCUGUGUCCAGCAGUGCCCACCAGUGCCACCCACCAGUGCUUAUCAGUGCCACCUACCUGUGCCACCCAGCAGUGCCACCCACCUGUGCCACAUACCUGCUCCCAGCAUCAGUGCUGACUAUCAGUGCUGACAAUCAGUACCCAUCAUCAGCGCCACCUAUCAGUGCCGCCUAUCCAUUCCACCUCAUUAGUGCUGCCUAUCAGUGCGCCUAUCAGUGCCGUUCAGUGCUGCCUAUCAGUGCCCAUCAG